AGUGUGUGCAAUGGAAAAUUGUCCAGUGAAAAUAAAUAUUUGUAAAAUGAUAAAUUAUCGGAUGUAAUUACAGUGUGUAAAAGAUCGAAAUGUGGUAUUAUAAUAUUUGACGCUGAAUAUCAACUGCAAAUAAGUUUAAAAUUUAGUUGGCAAGCAGAAAUAUGGCAGACACUGCAGACGAAAGUUCAGAUCCUCAAAGUAUCAAAUUACCACCUGCUGUUGAAGUUUUUGCAAAUUUAAAAAAUGCCCAAAAAUUUGCCAUUGACAUUGGAAUAUCAUUAACAAAAAUAGCUUAUUAUUCAACAGUAAAUUAUCGCAAACCUCUUUACGAUUGUACAGAACAGGGUAAUUUAGGAGAACGAGCUUAUAAAGUAUUUGAAGGUUGUAGAUUACAUUUUGUUAAAUUUGAAACAAGACAUAUUGAAAAUUGUUUAGACUUUGUUAAGUCGAAUUUGGUGAAUAUUGAAAGAUUUCAUGGCAAGAGUAUUAAAGUAACAGGUGGAGGUGCUUUUAAAUACACACCCUUGCUUCAAGAAAAAUUAGGUUUACUAGUUGACAAAGAAGAUGAGAUUUGUUGUCUUAUUAAAGGAUGUAAUUUUUUACUAAAAAACAUACCAUGCGAAUCUUUUCAAUUCGAGAGACAUGCCAAUCCCGAAUAUCAUUUUCAAAAGACGACACCAAAUAUUUUUCCCUAUUUGUUAGUCAAUAUUGGAAGUGGAGUUAGUGUUUUGAAAGUGGAAUCUGAAAAUGAAUUUGAAAGAGUCGGUGGAACCGCAACGGGCGGAGGAACUUUUUGGGGACUGGGAUCUUUACUUACUAAAGCUAAGGGAUUUGACGAGUUAUUACAAUUGGCGGAACGAGGAGAUCAUCGAAACGUGGAUAUGCUAGUCAAAGAUAUUUAUGGCGGAGACUAUUUUUCGCAAUCGUUGCCAGGAGAUUUAAUAGCAUCUUCCUUUGGUAAAGCAAUGGGUUGCAAUAGGAAUUUGAGGCCAAAAAAUUUCUCUGAGGCUGAUAUAGCAAGAAGUUUAUUAUUCACUAUCAGUAAUGACAUUGGACAAAUAGCUAGUCUCUAUGCACAAAUUCACAAUGUGAAUAGAGUUUACUUUGGCGGUUAUUUUCUUCGAAAUCAUCCAUUAUCAAUGCAUGCCAUCUCUUAUGCCCUUAAGUACUGGUCUAAUAACAAAUUAAAGCCACUUUUUCUACGGCAUGAAGGUUAUUUGGGAGCUAUUGGAGCUUUUCUUUAUGGUACAGAACAAUCUGAUAAUUGCAGUUGGUUAGAAAAUUAUGCCGGAUCUUCUGGAUUUAAAGAUUCGGUUCUAACUAAACUAGGAAUUAAGGUAGAUCAAUUGGAAAUUGAUCAAGCUGAAAAUGUUGUUACUUUUUGUCCUUUAUUAAAAGAUCCAUCAACUUAUAAUCCAGAUACUACUGAUCUUGCUGAAGAUAAGGAAGCCAGAGAUUAUUGGUUACAAUGUUUCGAAGAAUCGGUUGACAAAUUUAUUGCAAAGGCCAUUCUCAGUCAACCUCAUAGUCCAACAGCAAAAGAAAGAGCCAGUAAACUAAAGGAAAAAUAUGUAAAUAGAUUACACUAUUUACAUCUUCAACCAUUUGCAUAUGGAACUCUCACAGUUAGAACUUUACUCGACACUAUUGAACAUUGUAUGAAAGAGUUUGAUUUUCCUGACCCCUACUUACACCAAAAGAAGAAAGAAAACGACGAAGCUCUGUGCUUUCUUAAAAGUAGAAUAACAGCUUUAGAUAAAUUAGAGGACGAGGAAAAAAUUAAAGCUUUAAUAUUAGGUGUCCUAGGUGGAAAUAUGUUUGAUUGGGGAGCAAAAGAAGUAGCAAUUCUAAUGGAGUCAACUGAUUUUAGUUUUGAAGAAGCUCAAGCAAAAAUACCAGAUAGACCCUGGUUAGAAGAUUGUUUGGAUGAAUGGAUUAUAAGAUUAAAAGAAGGACCCCCUCACAGGUGUGCAGCAAUUUUUGUGGAUAAUAGUGGCAUUGAUGUUAUUCUAGGGAUUUUGCCUUUCGUGAGGGAUUUACUUCAACGAGGAACAAAUGUAAUAUUGUGUGCCAAUUCGUUGCCUGCUUUAAAUGAUGUGACUUAUCCAGAAUUAGUGGUGACUUUAAGAGAUGCAGCAAAAAUUUGUAAUGUUAUUAAAUGCGCUCUUAAGGAAAAUCGAUUGAUUGCAAUGGAGACUGCUCAGGCUGGUCCUUGUCUCGAUUUGAGUCGAUUGAAUUUGGAUUUGUGUCUUGCAAUGGUGAAGCACAAUGUGGACCUUGUAGUUAUCGAAGGAAUGGGUAGAACUCUUCAUACGAAUUUGUACGCCAAAAUGAAGUGUGAGUGUUUAAAAUUAGCAGUGGUAAAAAAUCGAUGGCUUGCAUUAAGAUUAGGAGGAGAUAUGUAUGCAGUUAUUUGUAAAUACGAAAAGCCUUUUUCAAAACCGUCAUUCGACGAAAAAGUAAUGAAUAAACAGAAUGAGGAAAAUUUUUGUCAAAUGAUUUGUGAAGAAAAUGAUAAUAAGAAAGCAGGUCAAGGAUCGUCUUUUAUUAUUCAACAAAGUGAUACUAAGGAGAAAGAGAAUUUAGAAAAUGUAUAAUAACUUUUAUGAUGAAGAGAGUAACAUAUUGCGCGAUUUAUUAUUAUCAUUUUUUGUUUUUUUUUUUUACAUAAUCACAGAAGUAUUUAUUCUAUGUACUUAAAUAGAGCAUUAUUUAAUCAUAAAUUUUCUUCAUAAAAUAACUGUUUUUUUUUGUUGCGCCGUGUGUUAGAAAUCAUUUUUAAGUAACUGUAAGUUUUCGUUUCUUAAUAUAUUACUCUCUUAUUAUAAAAGAUGUAAUAUAAUUGAAAAGUUAUACGUAAAUUUUUUUAAGGUAUUUGUGAUUUUUAAAAUCAAACAAAAAUACACAUAUGUAUAUGCAGAUAUACAACAAAUGUUUUCGCAAGAAGCAGAGUCGAGAAAAAUCUAAGACUUUAAAACUAAUCCAUUUUCCAAGUCUGAUUUUCUAGUGCUCAAACAAUUAUUGCAAAUGCGAUGUCAACGAAUAUAUUUGGGGCAAAAUUCUUCAAAUGAUCUAACUUCAAAGAAAAAUAAUUGUUUGUAAGUUAGAUCAUUGGAAAAAAUUUUCUUCAUUUUUAAUGGUUCACAAAUAAAAUCAAAAGUUAUGAAAACUUAUUUUAGUAUUUGAAAUUAUUUCCAUUUGAACAAUACGUUAAAUAUUUUAGUAUAAAUACAUAAAAAGAUACUAUUACAGUAAGGGAAGUUGGAGAAAAACGAUGGGACAUGUUAUUCUGCUUGUCCUAAUAUUACUACUUUGUAAGAAGUUACUAAUUAUUUUAUCUUCACAUUUUUUUAUACUGUAUAUUGAAAAAAAUUCUGUUUUUAUAAAAGUACAUAUAUAAAUAAAAAUCUCUUUAUUUAAAGGUAAUAGACAAUAAAUUCGUUUAUAAAUAAACUUAUUGAGUUUAAAAAAAUUAUUUUUGACGGCAGCAAAAAAAGUGAUAAAAAUCUGAGGGAAAUAAAAAAUAAAUAUUGUAAUAUUUAAAAUGAGAUAAAUGUACAGUAACUAUAACUGUGAUAUUACUAUGACUAUGUACUAGAAAACUUGUAAUUUGGAAAAUAGAAAAGUUAACUUUAAAAGAACACCGAGUAUGAUUAAAAAAAAAGUUUAAUAAUUAAUGUUGCAAAAAACCAACAAAAAUGUAAAAGGACCAACUUUAAAAUUGUUUUAUUUGCAUAUUAAUUUCUGCAAAAAAAAAAAAAAAAAAGAAA